AUGCUUCAGGUGGGCUCAUUCAAAGGCGUCUGGGAUGAAGCAAUACUCAUAGCAGUCCUCGCGUCGAACUUGUUCAGUUUUGUCGUCACGGUCACUUUACUUAAAGAGACCAAAAACAUCCAGCUGGAGAGCAUAGGCCAGAAAGGGUACUUUUUUCAUUUAUGGUCGAUGUCCAAAUUUGGAGUCACUUCAAAAGAAAUUCCGCGUUUCAGUGACGAGAAAGUCUCGAAAGAUAAAUCCAAACGUCCUUCUGAAGACACCAGCAAAGCGAGUGCAGUCAGUAGGAAGGGUCCUCCAGAAAGCAGAGAAGAAGGCGUGAGGGAUGUUCCUGGGGAAGAAAGUAAAGAGCUGUCGGAUGCAACAAGACUCCUUUCCGAGGAAGGACAAAUGUUCAACCAGUUAACACCAGUGCAACCUACACUUUCCAAGUUGUUCGAAAAGAAAUCCAAAGAGCCUGACACUUCAAAGAGGGCUUCGGCGUCCGACCGUGAAUCUCUAAGAGAAAAGAGGGGACAGGAGAAGUAA